CCCCCCUCCCCUUCGACUCUCAAACCCUCAAGAACACCGCCCUCACCCCCACCACACCGCGGAGCAAUGAAGUCGCUCCUCCUCCUCCUCGCCGCCAUCGGUCUCCUCAGCGGCGCCACCGCCGUCUUCGUCGAGUGUGCCGCCGUCGGCGGUCUCGUCGGUGGCCUGCUCACCGGUGUGCUGGGCACUGUCAACACCCUCGUCCAGCAGCUGCUCACCGGCAACGACUGUAUCGCCACCUGCCAAAACAGCCCUCAGUACAACUUUGCCAUCUUCGCCAAGGGUCUCUCGCUUGACCUCAAGACGUAUGACCAGACCCAGCUGCUGGGUACCUGCUGGUGCAGCUCGACUGGUGUCUCGCCCAACGCUGUCAUUGCUGGUUCCGACUCGCAGGGAACCUGCACUACCACUGUUGUCAACCUCAUCGGCACACGCGUCGACUACAUUCGCGGCGGAAGCACCGUCACCUUUGGCGGCUGCAGCAAGGACACUGGCUUCCCUGCCAGCGACAACACGCAGUUCUCAGUCAGCACCGCCGACCAGUGCUUCAAAUCGGCGCAGUGCCAGAACAAGAAGUACAUUUCGAUUCGUGCCAGCGGCGUCAACCAGCUCCUGUCUCUCCUCAACCUCCUCAACAUCCUCCUCGGCCGCACUGGUGGACAGUACGACUGUGCCUGCUCCAACACUGCCCCCUCAGGAGCCACGGCGAUCUGCGGCGACGAGACUGGCUCUACUCCCAGCGGGCUCCUCUCUGUCGCGAAGACGUACGCCUUCUCCAACUAUGCUCAGGUGAUUGCCUCGGGCGCCGUUCGUCGUCGCUAUGCCGAGCAGAUGCGCCUGGCUGAGGAGGCGGCGCGCGACGCCUACUGCCCAUUGGGCAAGUCUGCGUGCCGCGUCCCCGGCUCGUCCGACUACGAGUGCAUCGACACCAACUCGGAGCUCGAGUCGUGCGGCGGCUGCGCGUACGGUGCCUAUGGCAGCAACUCGACCUACACCGGCACCGACUGCACUGCCCUCCCCGGCGUCCUCCCGGGCGCAACCUCGUGCUGGCACGGCUCCUGUGUUGUCACUCGCUGCCGACGUGGCUUCACUCUUGUCGACGGUGCCUGCAUCUAA